AUGUGCAAACCUUUCGUUGUGUUCGCUGUGCUCUGUGGAGUGGCGUUCUGUGCGGCCUACCCAUAUCCUUAUCCUCAGAAUGCGUUCAUGUACUACCGUAGCGCCUACCCGAUGAUGGCCUUUCCGCAGCUACAACAGAGCGCCAUGUAUCAGCACGCGAUGUUCCAGAAUCAGCGAUUGCGUAACUACCGCCGAUCGGCUUCAAGCGGCGUGGCAGCGUUUGCCGCCGGAGACAAUGUGGCCACCGGAACGCAGCUCCUGAAAGCCGACUGCCGGCCCGCAGAUCCCGUCUUUCCAUCGGUGCAGUCGUUCGCAGAUGCCUACCCGGCCGAAGCGCUGGCGCCGGAGAACGAAAUCCCGGAAGCUGACGAAGGCGGUCUGCUAGAACCGGAAUCGACCGCCACCAGCGAGUUGGACUUCCCGAGCGAGGAUGAGAGUGCCCCGCAAGAUGACACCUUCGGUGGAUUCGCUCCGCCAGCCCCGGUUGCCCCGGUGGUGCCCCAACCGUCCGUCUCCGACAAACGCAAGAAGAAAGUUACCGUGCAGCUGGAUUCGGCCUCCACCGAGGACGAUCAAGACGAUCAGGCCGAUGAGACGAGCUUCGGAACGCGCCGUGGAGGCAGUGGAAACCGCCCUGCACCGGCCAACGCUGGUCCGAUGUUUCCGGUAACGUUCGGUAGCACCAACGGGGGUGCCAUCGCGAUUGCCAACAGUUACAGCACCGGCAAGGGAGGUUCGGCGACCAGCCACGCCACCGCCUACGGUAGCCCAGCUUCCGUCCCGGAGGAACGACGACGAUCCGUCAUUGCCCAGCAGCAACAGCAGCUGCAGGCACGCAACAGCCGGCCGGCGAAACUGCGCACGAAAUACUAG